AUGCCAAAGAAAAUAAAAGCAGAAAGCGCUCACGAAGCCGCUGCUAGGGAAACAUCUGAUGAUGAAUACGAAGAAACAAUCGUGGUGGCCGAUCUGAACGGUGUCCUUGACGUUGAGAGUGUGUCCAAAGCCUUUACCAAUCGCAAUAUUUCUCUUCGCUUUGCCAAUACCGACAAGCCCUUAGUACAAGUGGGGCAGGCCGUCUUCGCUGGGGAAUGGAAUCAGACUCUCGGUUCUGAUAUGAUAUUUAUUCCCAAAGCCAAAAGCAAUGACCAAGAACAGAAGUACGAAUUCUUGGCCGCUUCCGCCACGCGUCUUUCUACUAACAAAGCCAUCGUGUCUUGUACAAACGAACAUAAAGAACAAUAA